GGGUGCGCAGCGCGGACACAAACGAGCAGCCGGAUGAUGUCGAGCUGCUGCUGACAGCCGGGACUCCUACCCGUCAACUAACGCCGCGGCUGCUGAAAACAGCACGCAGAAAGAAGCGGAGCCUUCCAGCCCCACCGAGCCGGGAGAAGGGUGGAACUACGGAGCGCAGUUUGGACGAGUCGCUGCCAGGAAGCCUGUGGCAUAAUUUGCACGAAUUCCCUUCCUCUCUGACUUCUUACUUCGGAGUAUAACAGAUAAGUGCUCAUGGGCGGCCUGGCUGUGUGGGUCGUGGCUGUGGCCACUCUCCUGGGAACGUCAGAAUGUUGGCAGGUUGAAGGACACAGGAGCGGCAAGCGAGGCAGCGUGGAGACAGCCAGUAUGUCGCAUACCUCCUCCCAGGAACCCCAAUCCAUGGAGAAGGAAAAAGCAGACAAGAGCAUCUAUCAAUCCCGCUCUGAUCCUGAUGGAGGCCCGUGCCGGAGAACCUACUGUGGCCGGGGCCGACAGUGUGUUCUCAUGGAGGAAACUGGACGGGCGGAGUGCGUGUGCCAGAAAAGCUGCCGGCCCUCCUUUGUACCCGUGUGUGGCUCAGACGGCAGGUUCUAUGAGAACCACUGUGAGGUGUACCGCACUGCCUGCCUGGAGAGGAGACGGAUCUAUGUGGUGCACAGCAAAGACUGCUUCUUUAAAGGCAGCGCGUGUACCAUGUCAGAGUACAACAGGCUAAAGAACAUGCUGCUGGAUAUGCAGCCAAAAGUGUCGAAGACCAGAGAAGAGAACCAGCAGAGAGACAUGGAGGAGAAGCGAGCGCUGGUGGAUACCAUGUUUAAAUACCUGGAUGUGAACCAGGAUGGCCGGCUGGUCAGUGAUGAGCUGGAAAAGAUUUCGAUGAAGGAGCAUCUGGAGGACAGUUUGUUGGAGUGCACCAUGCAAGAUCUGCUUCGCUACGAUGACUACAACAACGAUGGACACCUCAGCCUACACGAGUUCUACACAGCUUUCCAGGUUGUGCAGUUGAGCCUGGCAGAGGACCAGCGAAUCAGCACCUCCACCGUAACUGUGGGUCUCAGUGCUGUGCUCACCUGCGCCAUCCAGGGCACGCUGCGUCCACCUAUCAUCUGGAAGAGGAAUGGCAUCAUAUUAAAUUUCCUGGACCUGGAAGAUAUAAACGACUUUGGGGAUGAUGGUUCCCUUUACAUCACCAAGGUGACAACAAUCCACAUGGGGAACUACAGUUGCCAUGCCUACGGCUAUGAAGACCUAUAUCAGACACAUGUGCUGCAGGUGAAUGUCCCUCCAGUGAUCCUGGUCUACCCAGAGACCCAGGCCCAGGAGCCGGGUGUAUCUGCCAGCCUCCACUGCCAUGCUGACGGCAUCCCCAAUCCAAAACUCCUCUGGCUGAAGAACGGCAUGGAUCUGCUGUCCAGUUCCUCCAAGCAGCUCUCUCUCAUUGCCAAUGGCAGCGAGCUAUUUAUUGGCAGUGUUCGUUAUGAGGACACCGGAGCCUACACCUGCAUCGCCAAGAACGAGGUGGGAGUGGAUGAGGAUAUCUCCUCACUUUUUGUUGAAGAUUCAGCCAAGAAGACUCUUGCAAACAUUCUUUGGAGAGAAGAAGGGUUGAGUGUUGGGAACAUGUUCUAUGUGUUUUCUGAGGAGGGCAUCACUGUUCUUCAGCCCAGUGAAUGUGAAAUACGCAGACACAUGAAGUGGACGGAGAGAAUUGUUGCUACCUAUGAGGAGAUGUGCCCUAAAGGUGAAGGGGUGUCUCCUCAGCGCUGCGUGUGGGCCUCAGCAGUCAGCGUCAGAGAUAAGUACAUCUACGUGACCCAGCCCCUACUGAGCCGACUGCUGGUUGUCGAUAUUCAAGCGCAGAAAGUGGUUCAGGCAGUUGAAACUGAUCCGUUUCCAGUGAAAGUGCUCUAUGACAAGUCGCAUGAUCAGGUGUGGAUUCUAACAUGGGGGGAUAUGGACAAAACACAUCCAACACUUCAGGUAAUUCCACAGGCCAGUGUGGGGGAGGUUCAUCAUGCCAUCCGGACAGCUUUCCAGAGGGUAAACGACUUCUUCAUCCCGCCAACCAACCUCAUCAUCACUCAUGUGAGGUUUGCCUUUGUCUUCCUCAAAAAUGAACCCGCUGUCCACAAGAUUGAUCUGGAGACCUUGCACCGCGUCAAGACCAUCAGCCUGAAGAACUACAGCUGCAUACCGGUCAGCAUGGCCUACACGCACCUCAGCGGCUUCUACUUCAUCCAGUGCCAGAGCAGAAGCCUUCUGCACGCCCCGUCCCAGCUCCUCAUCGACAGCGUGACGGACACCGCCAUCGGUCCCAACCUGAACGUCACCGGCCCGGCCUACGUGUCACCAGACGGCCGCUACAUCGUGACACCUGAUCGCUCAAAGCUGAUAGUACAGACGAUGUCGUUCCGGGGGGAGCUGGGUCUGAACCAGGAAAUAGACAAGCCCGUCAAUGUGUCCGAUCUGGUUUUCCAGCCUUCCUUCACGGAGCCCAACCAGCACGUGGUCGUGGCCACUUCGGGCACAGGCACGGACCUGCUCUUUGCCGAUCUGUCUUUGGGCCGAACCGAGGUUCUCCAGAGCCUUAAGGAGCCCCUGCCCCCCCAGGCCUGGCCCUGGGGAAGCCCCAACAGAGUGGUGGUCUCCGGCGGCUUGUUCGGACAGUACAUGGUGACGCCAUCGGUCGACUCUCUCUUUGUCCUCAAUGCCAAACAGCGAACGCCACACUGCGAGGUGUCAGACAUCAAGAGAGGAAACACAAUUGUCUGGGUUGGAGAGGUAUGAAUAAAAAAGAAGGAAAAAAAGCAGGAGAUUAAGAGACGUAGAAUUAGCAAAAGACAUAAAUGAAAAAAGGACGAAAACAGAUCAGGCCAAAUUACUUAUUAUUAAGAUGUAUGUGAAAAUAAGUUGUGGACUCAACCCUGGGACUGAGCGAGCAGGAACACAGGCCUGGGUUCGCUGUAACAAAAGUACACUUAAAAAUAGAGUAAUUGAGAAAAUAUUAUGAAAACUUGUUGUGAUAUUUCCGUUGGGAGAAAGUGUCAAUGCCGUUCAGUGCAUCAGUGAUCUACGUGCACUUAACUAUACAGAAUUGUACAUUAUUGCACUUCCUUCCAUGUUAUCACAGCGAAUAGGUAUCUAAAGAGGGGUUAUUAAACUAUGAACUAUGCACAAUGCUCACUUUUUUUAGAAUAAAAGCUUUCCAAUUUAUUUAUCUCGACAAUGUUUGUUGUUUUCACCAGUGCUGCAUAUAGUCACCACAAAACUAACCGUGUGUCCUGUCUGCCUUUAGUGUGUACGUGUUCUGAGUCCUUUGAAAUGCUACCAACACCAUCUCUUUACUGGCUUUUGUCAUGGUAUUGUACUGUGCUCUCCUUCUGAAAGCUUUCAUUCUUGUCAUACGGGCAGAGGUUGGCUUUAUGCACACGUGUAAUACCCUCUAUUUAUGUUGUCUAUCCAAAGAGUCCUAGUGGUCCAUUAGGUGUCGACAAUAGAUGUUUCGGUCACAGAGGAAAUGAACAGUACAUCCUCCGGUCUCCUGCAACAGUAUAAUCUGUCCCCUGCCGUCUUUCACUUUUACUCUGAACCUGCAGCACAGUUCUGUGCUGUGAAGCCUGAAAAUGCCACUUAUGCCACUUAGCAGAUUCCCUCAGGGUAAUAACUCCGGUUCACGCUGACCCAUUACAUAUGCCGAGGCCGAACCAAAGCAGCAUCAGCUCUACCAUCUAAAGGGCUGUGAGCGUUUGUAAGUCCUCUCAGAAAGAAACCACAGAUCAAACACCAAACUUCUAGUCAGGUACAUUUGGCACUUCUCAUUUUGUAAUGAACAAGAGAUGGAUAUUUUUAUCAGUAGCUGUCUAGUCGUCAUCCAAAUCAAAUAUACUCCGUACCGAACCGUAAAAGCUGUUUAAAAAACAGGAAUAUGAAUUAGCAACAUACAAGUUACAUAAAACAGGACUACUGAUGUCAUAACAUAAGUGUCAUGCUGUGUUAACUGUUAAAAAGAGGCAGCAACUGAACAAACACCAGCAACUCUCAUAUUUUCUGUCUGCUGUUGAAAUGCAACAUCCUCUUUGUAAUUCUGUUUGCCACUCAUGCUAAUCAUCAUCAGUGAGACAGCACUGCUGCCUACCCCCAUUUGUAAUAAUUACUGGACAUAAAACAUGGGAGGAUUUCUGCCUCCUGACAGCAGUGCUGCUUCACAAAUGGACAAAGGCCUUUUCCUUGUUUUCAUUUUAAAUUAGAGGCUACAAAAGUCAUCAAUAAGUUGAUUCAGAGAGCGAAAAAUCCUCAGAAGGUCAGCUGCAAAUGUCCAAAAACUGAUAACUCAAAUUAUACAAAAGACUUGUCUCAAGCAACCAUAGACAACUGUUCAGUGCAGCAGACACACUUGCUGUGAAGAAAAGCUUCUCAUUCUGGGAGCUUUUAAAACAUUUCUCUGCAUUUGACCCCCUGAAAUAAAAGGUUGAGUUGAAGUGAAUCCGGCUCAGUUGCCCAGUCUGAACUUGUUCCCUCAAAAAACAUCACACGUAGCGGUAACACUCGGUGACUGGAGCGAGAUCUCAUCACAUCAGUACAAAUACUCACAGCCUGGGAGAUUUAGCUGUUGCUGGCCUUUUCCUGUCGAGUGUAACUUGUUUCAAAGAAGCAAGUUUAAAGCCAUCAUUGUGACCACAGACCAAGAUGUCAAAGUCCAAGUUGAGCACAUUUAGUUUGAAGUAGAACGUAUCCUUUAGUGCGUCUCGUCCUCACAAACAGCAACCCAAAUUAAAUAUUAAUCCGUGGUUGUGCCUGUAGCUCCCCACCGUGAUGCAAAAUAUAAGGUAGAAACAAGCGACCCCCCACCCCAACCCCCGACUUAUAAGUCAGCACAGGAGCGAAGCAGAUCUGUCGUUCUUGGGACUUUGGUAUUGGCUGCCAUGAAAACGUUUCUUGCUUGAAAGCCUGUCUGAGGAGAUUGUGAAGGCGUUGACACGAUGUUGUCGAUGCUUCUUAGACCACUGUUGCACUGAGGAGAGAAAUGUCUGAUAUUCUUUUAUGCUAACUGGAUGAAAGAAAAGAAAAGUAACGCUCCCCGAAGUCACUGUCCCAUUAAAAACUGCUCCGUUGUGAUUCCCAAAUGACUAUCCAACUGUAUUGGGCAGCGCUGAGACAUGCAUGUAAUGAAAACCGGUGUUAAACAUGACUAUCAGAGACCUCCGAGUGAUUCCUCACAACCGCACAUGGUUAAAAGUCACUUUUCUGCCCUCUCAUUGCCACGUCUGUCCAUUCAGCAGCAAGUCAUCGCUACUAGAGCCAAGGAGAGCAAGAGCAAAGACACUGUACCUGUGCUUGCAGAUAUUAUUGGCCAACUCACGUUGUUUGUGUGGAUCUACCCUCAUUGUCACUUGAUUAUUUCUGCACCUCUUCUUUAACCCUGAAGUAAGGAGCUGCAGAGCUGAACCGCUUGGUGUGAUAGACCUUGAUAGGAACCACUGUUGUAGAUAAUAUUGUUCAUGUUUAGAACACGUUCAGACAUGGCAAAACUGACUGUACAGUUUUCUUUAUGCAUUUUGUGUGUUCUGGUUUAUGAGGGAAUUGUUUUGUAAGAAAAAAA